GAUGGCUUUCUGAAAUUGAUGGUAUCUGUGCACUUGUACGCUAAACAUCCAGCAGACCAUGAAGGUAUCUUAACAAACUUACGCAAGAGGAUGGUGUCAAAUUCCAACCUUUGUGGGCGUGCUGUGGAGAGGGGAAUUGGGAACAUUGUGGUGGCUCAUCAGUUUGAUCCAGGUGAAUUGGCUGUGUCAGGGGUGGCGCUUCCAGUGGCUACUGCCCAGCAUCAGGCAUCAGGCUCAGAUGACAGAAAUGGAGCAGAUGACUCAGUGAAUGGCCAUGCCAGCAGCGAGAGCUCAUUAAAUUCGAAUGAUAAUAAUGCAGAGAACACCAGUGAUGACGAAGAUGUCACGUCUGAUAAGGAAGUGUGCGAAUGUGUUAUGCCUGAUGGAACAAUAGGAAGGAGGCUUUAUUCCAAGACACUGGCAGAUGUUGUCGAAGCACUUGCUGGCGUCUAUUACACAGAAGUUGGGAGUGAGGGUGCACUGAAGCUUCUGUCUUGGUUCGGUAUCCAUCUUGAUGGUAGUCACAAGAUAUUGCAACACACGGGUUCGAUCCCUGGCGAGGUGAUUGCAAAUGAUGUGGAUCAGGUUAUGGAAGACGUGACAAAAUGUGCGAAUGGACCUCCUGAAGCUGUUUCAGCAGUGCCUGGUGAACAUGUUCGACUGCAAAUAGGUGAUAUGGAUCCAGUGGAAAGCAGUGCUGGAAACAUGAGGAAGGUUGAAGAAAUUGUGUGCUACCGAUUCAAGCACCCCAAACUCCUCUUGCAAGCCUUCAUGCAUACGUCGUAUGCAGAUGUUGUUGCCUGGCCAUGUUACCAGAGGUUGGAAUUUCUGGGAGACGCAUUAAUUGAUUGGAUAACAACAGUGAGAAUUCUGACAAAAAACACGGAUCUUGAACCUGGGCAGCUUUCUGUGAUGCGUGCCAUGGCGGUCUGCAAUGAAACACUAGCACGUGUUGCUGUGAGGUUCUCUCUUCAGCAACAUCUUCGGCAUGCAUCAUCAGACCUGAUGAACCACAUAACGAGUUUUGCCGAGGCUGUCAGGAAAGAAGAAAAGAAGACGCCAGCAAGAACAUUGGGGAAGGGCAACCUCAAAGCAUAUGGUUUAAUAACAGAAUUUGCACCAAAGACCCGUAGUGGGAAAGACACUAGCCCCUACACUCUUGAGCAGCUAGAGAAGAUGGCCGCCCUAGUGAAAGAAAACAGAGAGAGGAAGGAGCUCGAGAAGCAGGCGAAGCUAAAGGCUAUCGCCGAGGAGCAGGCGACGAAGAUGAAGAGAUUGGAGGAGGAGAUGAAGAGAGUUCAACAGGAAGAAGAAGAGAGGAGAAAGGCUGCUGAAGAAGAAGCGGCAGCAGAAGAAGAAAAAGAGAGAAUGCGGAUUGAGAGUAGAGAGGGGAGUAGUGGCACGAAGAGGGAUACAGAUGCAGAGAUGGAGAAGAAAAUAAGUGAGUGGGUCGCUAAUUUAUCGUUGGGAGAAGACGAGGAGGCGGAGUCGUAUGUGACUCAGGAUGAGAGGGAUGCGCUAGCCAGUGAGCUAGCAGCAAUGACAGAUCCUAUGGAACGGCGAGAAAGGGAGGAGGAGGAGAAGUUGGCGUGGAAGUUAAGAAUGAAGAGGGAGAAGAAGAGGAGGAGAGAGGAAGUGAACAAACUGACUGCAGAGGUGGCAAAGGUACAGGAGUGUAGGAAAGAAGUGGAGGCCCAGGCAGAUGACAAGGCCAAGUGGGAUAAGGCCGGCAUCACCUAUGAUGCAUUGAGUAGGGAAGUGGUCCUGUAUGAGUCAAAGUCCAUGCCAGUUACCACCUUCUGGCACAAGGACUUGGAUCAGGGAAAAAGGUGGAAAGGUCGUACCAUCUCAGGUCAGGUGAGGGCCAAGGAUCACAUGAUCCUUACCUUAGAGGAAGGUGGUACUGAUGAGGUCCCAUACAGUCAAACUGAGUGGGGCCUGGAGGAAGAGGACAGCAGUGUGGGUCAGGGGAGGUCUUAUGCUGCUGUCGCGGCUGGAGGGAGGCCGCAAGGUAGAGGAGGAGGCCAGGGCCAAAGGGGCCAGGCCAUGGGAGGCCGUGGAUCGGGCGCACAGGGGGUUGGCGGACAAGGAAACCGCCAAGCGGGAGGCAGGGGUCAAGGUCCCCCGUCAAAUCGCCAGGGUUCCAAUUGGUCCCCACAUCGAAGAGGUGGAAGGGCACCUCCAGGAGGAUGGCACCUAGGCUUGCCACAUGGCAGGCCCUGGGAGGAUUUGGGCUUGGACCAGCGCGUAUGGCAAGAACGCGUGAACUUGGAUAACACCUUGGCACAUUGCUGUCUCAGUGCUCCCGCGUUCGCGCGAUUAGUGGAGAAAGGGCGAUUAGAGGAACAGGUCUUUGUAGUGUAUGUGAGGCCUGUCAUUGAGGCUAAGGAAAACGAUAGUUCCACAGAUCCAACGAUUGCCAAGUUGCUGGAAGAGUUCCAAGAUUUGACUGAGUCGCCGACAGGAGUAGUGCCGCGACCCAUCCAACACAGGAUAGAGAUAGAGCCUGGCAGUAGAACUCCUAAGGGAGCAGUCUACAAGAUGUCCCCUAAAGAGUUAGAGGAGCUUCGCAAGCAGUUAGACGAGCUCCUCGAGAAAGGUUGGAUCAGACCCAGUUCAUCUCCUUUUGGAGCCCCAGUUCUGUUUGUCCCCAAGAAGGAAGGAGAACUUCGUAUGUGUAUAGACUAUAGGGGUUUAAAUGCGAUUACUGUGAAGACUGAGCCGCUGCCCAGGAUAGACGAUCUCUUAGAUCGGGUGCAGGGUUGUAAGUAUUUCUCCAAGAUAGACUUGAAGUCUGGAUACCAUCAGAUGGAAGUCCAUCCUAAUGACCAGUGCAAGGUUGCGUUCCGGACUAGAUAUGGGCACUACGAGUUUAUAGUGAUGCCCUUUGGACUAACCAACGCGCCAGCCACCUUUCAGUGUUGUAUGAAUGACCUGUUUAGGCCAUGGUUAGACAAGUUUGUGGUAGUCUACUUAGAUGAUAUCUUAGUUUUUAGCAAGACCCUCCAGGAGCAGCAGGGUCAUCUGAGGCAGGUCUUGGAGAAGCUGAGAGAGGCUAACUUCAAGAUCAAUCCAAAGAAGUGUGAGUGGGCCAAGACAGAAGUCCUAUACUUGGGCCACGUAUUAGACGGAGAUGGCAUUAAGCCAGAGGACAGCAAGAUAGCGGCGAUUAGACACUGGUCGACGCCCCGCACAUCGACAGAGUUGCGGUCGUUCCUAGGCCUAGCUAACUACUAUAGAAAGUUCGUCAGGAACUUCUUUACCAUCGCCGCUCCCCUGCGCAGGUUGCUUAAGAAAGAGGCAAUCUGGCAAUGGGACAAAGAAUGUACAUUUGCGCUAAAGAGACUGAAGUGCACAUUGAUAGAGUACCCUGUCCUCAAAGUAGCUGAUCCGUCUUUGCCUUUUGUCGUCACCACGCACGCGAGUCAGUAUGGUAUAGGCGUCGUGUUGCAGCAAGACGACGGCAAUGGCUAUAGACCGGUAGAGUUCAUGUUAGCGAGGAUGCCCUUAGAGAAUGCUGCUACCUCGACAUACGAGAGAGAACUCUACGCUCUCAGGCAGGCUCUAGAGCACUGGAAGCAUUACGUGCUUGGGAGGCACUUCAAAGUGUAUUCUGAUCACGAGACCCUUAGAUGGUUAAAGACUCGGGCCAAGAUGACACCUAAGUUGACUAGGUGGGCCGCCGAGAUAGACCAAUAUGACUUUGAGCUUAAGCCAGUGAAGGGCAAGUACAACGUAGUUGCGGACGCUUUGAGUAGGAGAUCAGACUACUUUAAAGCCAUAGUCCUUGGAGAUAUUGUGGAAUCCCUGAUCGGGGCCAUUUUUGUUGACAGUGAAUUUGAUCUCCGGCCAGUAGAGAAGGUUUGUAAAGAAUUUCUUCCAGAGGUGACCCCAGAAACGGUGGGUUUGCAUCCUGUGACACAGUUCUUUGAGCUUUGUCAAGCACAUGCUAAGCACGGAGAACUCGUCUCGGAGCCAUUGCCUGGCGGGCGCUGCAAGGUGAAGGUGCUUGUUGAUGGGGAGAACCUCGGGGAGGUAGAUAACAGUCAGAAGAAGCUGGCUAGAAAGCUUGCAGCAGCUCUGGUACGACAACGAGUUAGAAUUGCGGCUGACAAUCUCGUGCUGAUACCUCAAUCUGCAGAGUCUGUGCAGGAUCCUCUUCUGUACGGACACACGGACGAUGAAGCUGGAGCGCUAUCGCCGGCAGGUGAGUCCUCAGCUAGUGAUGCAGAAAAACCACAUCUGCAAGCACUCCUGGAUAACGCCAUCAAGAAGGAACAGGAGGCAGAGAAGGAGAGGAAAGAGUCAUUAUUGAAGAGUCAAGUGGCCAUCUUGGAAAAUGUUCCCUCACUGACGGAAGUGCGGUGUGGGGAACAACUGCAAACUAUACUCACCGCCCUUGUUCAAGUUCGGAAUAUUGAAGAUCAUAACACUCAGAUCGCUGACGUUUUCGCAAAAUUGCGAAAACUUCAGGACGACCUGGCUGAUAUGACCCUCAAGUACCAAGAGUUGACACAAGAGGUGGUUGGGCUGCGACAUGCCCAAGUGGCCAAUCCUCUCCCUCUACCCCCUGGGUCCAAGGCUGCGAUCGGGACUACUUCUGCCUCUCUCACCGUAUCUUCUUCCUUGAAUGUGUUGGCAACCCCCUUGCGACCUGCAACAGGUGCAAAUUCCGCUGUUGUCGUGGCCAGCGAUGAGGCCGGGAAUUCUGCAACUGCUGCAGCCCCGAGGUUGGAAUCAGUAGGUGCUGGUCCCAGCUACGUCGGUCCCUAUGUGGACCGAAAGGCGGUACAAAUGCCAUCUAAGUACGACGGCAAGGAAGACAUCGAGUCCUGGAUCGGCUCCAUGAGGGCCUACUUUGAGAUUCUGGGAACUCAACCUGAGACCCAGGCAUUGAUCAUGGGAAUGAACAUCGAGUCGGUCGUACGGGGCUUCCUAGAAGUCCAAGCGACACGGGCUGGGUUCCAAAAGACUGCUCUAGCCAAAUGGCUUAGGACCACCCCGGUUGCCUCCCUCGAGGAUCUCCUUAUUUCACAAUAUUAUGAUCCACAUGCUACGGCUAGGGCAAGAAUCCAACUUGACAAAGUCAAGCGCAGCAAGUGGACAAGCUCGAUGAAAAGCCUGCAAACCUAUCUUAGCAAGAUGUUCGCUAGUCCUGGUUUGGAAUUGACUGCUCAGUCUUGCUUAGACGUGGUUAAGGGUGCGGUUCCAAUUAACUUCACUAAUGGCCUGGGCAGGGACUACAUUGCAUACAUUGACUGGCUCACCUUAAUGAAGGACAUAGUUAGUUUGGAGGCUGUAGACCUCGUUAGCACGACAAGCAGCGAAAAGCCCAUGGGCGGCAGACGGUUCAAGGGCAGCAGCCGUUUUGCUGUGCAUGACCUGCUGGAGGCCGAAGAAGAAGUCGAUGCGGAUGACCCCACUCUUGGUGAUGACCAAGAACAGGACUCUGAUACAGCAUGUUCUUCAGCCCAUGAGUCCGAUGCAAAUAAAGAAGAAGAACAAUUUUCUGCCUUUAAACAGACUGGCAGCACCAAGGGACCGAAUCGAAGUGUCGGGAAGAAUUAUGUCCAACUUCCCAAAGGAGUCAAGAUCCCGCCUAAACCGGAGGAUGCGUCUAACAAACCUUGGUCCCAAUGCGAAUGGACCAAGUGGAAGGAGUCACUCUUCAUGGUCAAAGAUGCUCAGGGGAACGAGCUUCUUGUCCUCUUGGAUGAGAAGCGCGAAUCCCUAGUGACUUUUCUAAAUGCGUUGAAGUUCUGCAAGAAAUGGCGCCAACAGAAGGAGGACGAGCAGUCGUAUGUUGCUUUUGUUCGUCCUGCCCAUGUGCCUUCUACUUUUACGAUCCGUAAUCCGCUCUCCUACUUAUUCCCUGAGCAGCCAGCUGGCUUAACACCCGACAGACCCGGCUUCAGGGCUAAGUAUGAUCGCUUGCUCAAAGUUGCUAUUGCAGCUAUGGCCAAGUGACAGCAUGCCAUGAUCCACCAUGUGAACAAAAAGCGCCGACCGUC